UAUGUGUAAGGCAUGUGCAAAGUUUACACGAAGAUACUGAUAAUUAUUAUCAGAAUAUGAUACAAGCAUUUGUGGAAGAGGCUCUUAAUCUCUCACAGUUUCUGGAGAAAGUAGUUGUCGAUAAACAAUCACAAGAUUUAUUUAGUCCAAAUAAUACCGAUCGUAGCUCAACUUCAUUGCAAAACAUUGAUACAUUGGAUUUUAAUGAUUGGACGGACAUUAGAAUUUGGAGGGCUAUACAAGCUAGGUUUUGGGUUCAAGUUAUUAGCGAGCUGAGGCGAGGAGUAAAAUUGAAAAAAGUAGAAGCUAAUUUGGGUUCUCGCGUGUCUUCACGAGGAGAAAGAACUCUCCCGGACUACAAGCCGACACCAUAUGAGAUUUUGAUGGACGAUAUUAGAGAAAGACGAUAUCACCUCAGGAAAACGCCGCCUACGCCAUCAAGGAAGGACGCACACGCCAUUAUUCUUGAAUUUAUUCGAAGUCGACCACCUUUAAAAAAGGCCUCGGAGAGACGAUUACGACCAUUACAAAAAGAAAGUACUUUAAGAGAAUUACUCAUGGAAAGCAUAAAGAAGCCUCCAAAGCCCCUAAGAUCUUCUGGUUCAAGACAAAAUGCUCCAAAGAUUGAAGAAACAUCAAUUUGCAACACAAGUCGUGAGUCUCGCAUGAUAGUCCUCGGGGAGGUGCCACCUUCGCAGCCGGAGCAAGAGCAGGAGUCUGCGCAGGAUGUUGCAGCUCAAUGGUUGCAGUCGGAGGAUCAAAGGACAUUGGUAACUGGCGGCAGCGUUCUGGCGACAGCAAGCCGUAGGAGACAAGAUGUACCGCCGGUGCCGCAGCCACGGCAAAGGAUUGCCAAGGAAAGACCCAACAUCAGGGUCUUACCUUCCAAUAGGAAUCGUAAGUCACGUAGAAGACGCAUUACGGUUGCAGGUAAUCAUCUCAUUCAUCUCAUUGUCAGUGGGUAUGAACAAUAUUUUUAAGGGAUUGAUUUCAACAGAAAUGUUUAAUAUAUAGUCUAAUACAAUUAUAUUUAUCACCAAAUUUGUAUUAAAUAGUUUACGUGUAUUUUUUUGAAAGCAUUUAGAGAGUUUUUGGAACAAACAUUACACAGGGUGUUUCUUAAGUAAGUAGACAAAUUUGAAGGGGAUGUUUCUUGGCUUAUUUUAAGAAGAAAAGUUUUCUAUAAACAUGUUUUUUAGGUCCUAAACUGUUCUGUUUUUAAAAUACAGGGUGUCAAAGAUGCACGCUCCUGGUGGAUCUAAAAAUGUUUUAUUAGUACUAGAAAAUGGUUCUUAAUAACACAUGUACGCACACCAAAUUUGAAUAAAAUAUUUUUAAACGUUUUCCAGAUUUUUGAAAUUUUUAUACUUUCUUUCCACAACUUUAACAUCCUGUAUUUAGAAAACGAAGCAGUUUAGAGAACUCAUGUGUAUAAGACCUUUUCUUCUUAAAAUGUUGAAGUCAAGGAAUAUCUCCUUCAAGUUUGUCUACUUACUUAGGAAACACCCUGUAUAAAUACAGUUAAUUGCGUGUAUCUUUUGAAAUAAUCGCUUAUAUCUAUUGAAAAAUCAUAUAUAGCGAAAUAAAUGCUUGAUAAAUAUUCGUACAUUUUUUUUCU